CUACCCCCGUCACCGGACUAGACGCAGCCAUUUCCGUCUCCGUCCCCUAACCGUGUGUCUGUGCGUGUGUAUUCAUCGUGGUCGGCCAUUUUCUCUCAAAUCGUUGUUGUCUGCUUCAUACGUGCUUCUUAUAAGUUCUAAUUGUUGUGUUCAAGUAUUCAACGUAUUUCCAUUCUUUUGUAUUGUGUCUGUUGAUUCCAAGCUAUACGUGAUGGCACAGAUAAAAGACGAGAAACUUGACACGUCGAUAAACAACGGACCGAACACACACCACGGUCCGAAUAUCAAUCAAAAGCCAAAAGAAGAAUUCCAUGGUGGCCGCGGUGGAAGAGGCAACCGUUUUCAACCGUAUGGUGGCCCCAACAGAGACCGCAAAGGAGGACCGAGGGACAAUAACAUGCCUAGAGGAGAUUUCCGCAAUGAUAGUAAUCAGGGUGAUCAUCAAGGAGAUAGUGAAAUUAUGAAUAGAGGUGGGCGCAAUCACAAUGAUAGUGGAAGAGGCGGUAGACGUGGUGGAGGUGUUGGUGGAGGAGGUUUUAGAGGUGGUCCGCCUAAUCGUGUUGAUGACCGCAUAACUAGAGCUGAUGCUGUUUGGAAUGAACGUUUGAUGCAAAUAAUGGGACCCACUCACGAACUUCCUCAAACCGAUAAUACUGAAAGAAAAUUCCUUAGUCAAUGCCGUCUUUAUAUUGGAAAUUUAGUAGAUUGCACUGAAGAAGAACUUAUUGAAAUGUUUAAACCAUAUGGAGAGGUUUCUGAAAAUUUUUUGAAUAAAGAAAAAAUGUUUGCUUUUAUCAGAUUGGAUUACCGUACUAAUGCUGAGAAAGCUAAACGAGAAUUAGAUGGACAAAUGCGUAAAGGGCGUAUGUUAAAAAUUCGAUUUGCUCCCAUUGCUGCUGCUAUUAAAGUCAAAAAUCUUACUCCAUUUGUGUCUAAUGAGCUUUUAGAAUAUGCUUUUUCAAUAUUUGGAGAUAUUGAACGUUGUCAAGUUAUGGUAGAUGAAAGAGGUAAUUCAACUGGUGAAGGAAUUAUUGAAUUUUCUCGUAAAAAUGCUGCAAGUAAUGCAUUGAAACGGUGUUCAGAAGGUUGUUUCUUUUUGACUAGUUCCCUUCGUCCUUGUGUAGUUGAGACUUACGAGUUUGUAGAUAGUUCUGAUGGUCUCCCAGAUAAAUUGUUGCCCAAAAAAACGAUGGAUUUCCAGAAGCAAAGAGAAGUUGGUCCAAGAUUUGCCAAUCCAAACUCUUUUGAACAUGAAUUUGGUACACGUUGGAAACAAUUAGCUGAAUUGUACAAACAAAAGGAAGAAGCAUUAAAACGUGAAAUGAAACUGGAAGAAGAAAAAUUGGAAGCACAGAUGGAAUAUGCUCGUUAUGAGCAUGAGACUGAAAUGCUCCGAGAACAAUUGCGCCAACGAGAAAUGGAUAGAGAACGACAAAAGAUGGAGUGGGAAAUGAAAGAACGACAAGCAGAAGAACAAAGGCUUAGAGAAGAAGAUAUUUUCAGAAGACAAAGUGAAGAUCUAAGCAUGAGAAUGCACCAUCAGGAUGAAGAAAUGAGAAGGCGCCAACAAGAUAACUCGUCAUUCAUGCAGGACCAUAGAGGAGGACCACCAGGUAAACCUCAAUUUGAUGGACCUCCUAUGCCCGUUGAAGGGAUGACUGUUCGUGAACUUGAAGCAAUAACUGCACAAGGAGGAAUGGGUGGGGAAAGCCAAGUGGCAAAUUUACAGGAAUCGACGCCGUUCGUGGAAACUUUUGUACGUGACAAUCAAGGAGUAUUGCCGCCACCAGGCCUUUUCGACGCAGGCCCUAGAGGAGACAGGGGCGGAAGGUGGGGUCAAGACAGACGUAACGGCCAGGAUCGUAGAAGAUUUUAAUCUUGCAAUAAAGAUCUUAAGAAUAAACUAUAGAACAAAAGUUUGAAGAUGAUAGUUAAAUGUCUUCAUUUGAAGUCAUAAUAAUAAUUCAUUUCAUAACCGCAGAUAUUACUUGACUUAAAAAAAACUAAUUUUGAUACGUAUCUAAAUGAAAUAUUUUAUGAAUAAUCUCAUUCAAGAAAACUGAAUUUUUCACAAUGUAAUUCUUGUCGUUAAAAUUUUGUGGAUUAUUUGACUAUAUUUUCAACUCUAAAAAAAAAAAACUUCUGAUAACCGAA